AUGGGUACCGUUUUGAGUAUUUCUCCCCGAGAUAGAAAACCCAAUUACGGGGAAUACACUCUCAACGGUUUUAAUUACGAACAGCUCAACAAUGCAAAAAUCAAAGAGAAAAACGGGAACGUGGUUGCAAAUCUCAACCACACUCAUAAUUCCAAUUUCAAGAAACAUUCCUUAUUUAUUAACGCUUUAAGUUGGAAGACUUUCACGAAUUCCAAUCGGAGAAAGGUAGAUAAAAACAAAAAUACUACCCGCCAGCCUCUGGACAAUUUGAACAACAUCGUGGACAACAAAAAGAACAUUCAGAAAUCGGCAUCUUGCUAUAAUUUGAAAACUUCUACAGUAUCUUCUCUCGAUGUGGUCGUUCGUAAUACCGGGGCGGUGGAUCGUCACAAGAUGCCGCCCUCUCUACCUCCCUCCAAACCGUCGGUGCUAGGGGCUCAUAACCUGGUGAGGCCGCUUAUGAGCCACAUUUCUUCUGGAAACCACAAUGCCCACCACCACCACCACCAGAAUGGUGUCCAGUUCCCCAAUGGUGCUUCCCUGAACGCUGCCAGCAAAAGUAAUCACGGCAUCAGUCCGAGCCAACAACACAGGAAAACUGUGAUACAAGCGUCUACUUCUGAACUGCUACGCUGUUUGGGGGAAUUCCUGUGCAAACGGUGCUGGAAGCUCAAGGAAAUACAGCCCGCAGACGCUGUUCUGUGGCUGAGGUCUGUGGACCGAAGCCUGCUGCUACAAGGCUGGCAAGACAUAGCUUUCAUCAACCCGGCCAAUGUCGUGUUCCUCUACUUGCUGAUUCGAGAGUUGGUGAACGAAGACAUCGACUCCGAGCGCGAAUUGCAAUCUGUCGUCCUCACAUGCCUGUACCUCAGCUAUUCGUACAUGGGCAAUGAGAUCUCGUAUCCCCUGAAGCCUUUUCUUGUGGAUGAUUGCAAAGAAAAAUUCUGGGAUAGGUGCUUGCUGAUUAUCAAUCUUCUCAGCGAAAAGAUGCUCAGGAUUAACAGUGAACCGAGUUACUUCACGGAAGUCUUCACUGAAUUAAAAGGCUGCACUAACUCUUGAAGAAAUGCCAUAUAGAGGAUUUAUUGGUAAAACUUUUUAGAUAUAAUUUUACUGUUUCAAGCAUAAUCAAAGCAUUUAGGUGUGUUAACAUCGA